AUGGGCGAUCCAAAUCCAGCAAGCAGUCGUGAGGGUGUGGAUAGGAGCUCUCGAUUCGAUCCAAAUUUCACGCAACAUGUUAUCGACGCAAUGGGAACGAAGACUUCGCCAAGAAUGCGAAAACUUAUGACGAGUCUGAUCAGACAUGUUCAUGACUUUGCACGAGAAAAUGAGUUGACAGUAGAUGAAUGGAUGAAGGGCGUGGAGUUGAUUAACUGGGCUGGUAAGAUGAGUAAUGACCGACGCAACGAAGGACAACUGGUCUGUGAUGUAAUUGGCCUCGAAUCCCUGGUCGACGAGAUCACAUACAAGAAAGCAGCCGAAGCCGCGGAUAGUGUGACUCAAUCCGCUAUCUUGGGACCUUUCUUUCGGCAUGAUGCUCCGCUACGGGAGAAGAAUGCUUCCAUCACGUUUGACACACCCAAGAAUGCUCAGGUAGUGUACAUGCAUGGACGAGUUCUGAACGCAAAGAAUAAGCAGCCAUUAUCCAGGGCUUCUAUCGAUGUUUGGCAAGCUUCAACCAACGGUCUUUAUGAGCAGCAAGACCCUAAUCAGCAAGACUGCAACUUGCGAGGAAAAUUCCAGACCGACGAGGAUGGUGAAUAUGCAUUCUACUGCGUUAGACCAACUCCAUAUCCGGUGCCUGACGAUGGACCCGCCGGCAAAUUAUUGAAAUUGAUGGAUCGACAUCCUUACCGACCAGCUCAUAUUCAUCUUGUCGUAAUGCUGGAUGGCUUCAAGCCCAUCACGACCCAGAUUUUCGAUGCUGAAAGUCAGUACCUCGAAAACGAUUCCGUGUUCGCAGUAAAGGAUUCUUUGAUAGUCAAGUUUGUCGAACGGAAAGACGAUCCACAAGCGGAGAUGGAAUUGAAGUAUGACAUUUUGAUGGUGCCUAGCGACGAGGUGGGAGAAUUGGAUCCUCCGCUACGGUCAAGCGGCAUUGGUUCGGGCUAA